AUGGGCAAAUACAUCCAAGUUUGCCUGAUGGAGACAUUUGUACUAGGUGACCUCCCAACGUGUCUUCCUGCCCUCUGCAUGCCAAUACUAAUUAAUCUUUAUUAUUUGCUUCCCUACAGAAUUUCAUAUGACCCCACAAGAUAUCCUAAAUACAUUCCUGAAGCGUACUGUCUGUGCAAAGGCUGCCUCAUGGGGAUCUUUGGCGAGGAGAAUUUUCACUUCCGCAGCACCCCUGUGUACAUGCCAACAGUCAUCCUCCGUCGCACGUCGUCAUGUGCUGGGGGCCGUUAUGUCUACACAGAAGAUUAUGUCACUAUCCCAGUGGGCUGCACUUGUGUACCUGAGCAAGAAAAAGAGGCUGAAAGCGUAAAUUCGAGCAUAGAUAAGCAAGAAAUGAAGUUACUGGUAAGCCAGAACAAGCCAUCAUCAGAAUGA